AUGUCAGCAAGCCACAUCUACACGCUGCCCGCGGUGAGCGCCACCAACACGCCUCCAGAGUCGCUCCGCGACCAAAUCGAGCGCAGCCUCCUUGGCACCGAGAAGUCUGUCGUCCCCGGCGACACCGACGAGGACAAGCGCUGGGCGUACAGACGCUCCGUGCCCACCGUUGUACUUUACUCUGAGAAGGGCUUGCGCCUGUACGACGGCAUUACCUCAUCCGCCCCCGAGUACUACCUAUUUGCGGACGAGCUCAACCUCAUCAAGAACCACGGACAUGAGAUUGCCGGCGCCAUGGGGUUCCCUUCCAAAGGAAAGGACGACCAGUCGCAUCGCCGCCAUGUCCCCAGGAAUCGGUGGAGGCCGGCUCGUUGGGGCGACGCCGCCUUGGGCAAAUGGAAUAAUGGCGUCAAUGGCGAGGAGGGUCUGGCCUCCGGCGUUGACGCCGGCUGGGAUAUUGUCGAACUCGGCGCCGGUGCCCUCCGCAAGACUGCUCACUUCCUCACCGCCGUCGCGGACACUGUGCCCGAGAGCACUCACCCGCCCGUGACAUACCACGCUCUCGAUCUCUCGCGCCCCGAGCUCGAGCGUGUUCUCGGCCAGAUGGACGACCAGUUUGGAUCCGCUUUCAGCGGCCGCAUCAACAGCGUUGGUCUCCAUGCCGACUACUUUGCUGGUCUCGAGCUUGUCCGUGACGGCGGCCUCGCCGCUCUCAGCUCUGGCCAGCGUUCUCCCGAGGUCUCGGAGGAGGAGCCCGGCAUCGCCAUGUCGCCUGCGUCGACGCUCAGUCAUGAUCUCAUGACGCCCGCGCUCGACACGACGCCCCUUCCUCCUUCUGUGGUCGAGGGCGAUGAGCCCGUGACUGCCCCGUCCGAGACCUCCGACAAGCUUCCCAGCAAGCUUGAGACUCUGGGCGCUCAGAAUCACUUUGCGCCUGGCCCGGCGCCUAGCGACAACAGUGGUUCAGAGGCGCCCCGCCCGCUGCAUGUCAUGUUCCUCGGUUCGUCGCUCGGUAACUUCGAGCGCGACGAGGCCGCCCCGUUCCUCAAGUCGAUUCCUCUGAAGCAGGGUGACACGAUUCUGCUUGGCCUCGACGGCCGCCCCGCCCCCGGACCCGAGGGCCGCCGCAAGAUUGAGGCCGCAUACAACGACCCCUCUGGUCACACCCGCGCCUUUGAGGAGCACGGCUGGGACGUUGCGCUUCAGGAACUUGGCCUUCCCAUGCCCAAGACCGACGAUGAGCGUCGCCAUGAGGCAUACUUCCGUUCCAAGAAGGAUCAGAAGAUCCACCUGCCCGAGCACAACGAGGACGUUGAGCUCGCCAAGGAUGAGCUUCUCCAGAUCGAGUGGAGCUACAAGGUAAGCUAUCUUAGUGCUUGUCGAGCUGACGUUCAGUACUCUGUUCCCGAGGCCCUCGACAUGUUCAACCAGGCCGACCUGCGUGUCAUCGACUCGUGGAAGGCCCCUGAUAGCGAGUACCGCCUGUGGCUGCUUGAGCGCCCCGACGUUCGCUUCACUGGCGGCGCUGUCGAGCGCCCCCUCGGACCCACCGUCCCCACCUGGGACGAGUGGCAGGCCAUGUGGCGCAUGUGGGACCACAUCACGCUGGACAUGAUCCCUCCCGCGACGCUGCACCAGAAGCCGAUCGACCUGCGCCACAUCUGUCUGUUCUACCUCGGCCACAUCCCCACCUUCUUGGACAUCUACCUCACGCGCCUCCUUCCCGGCGGCCCGUCUGAGCCUACGUACUUCAAGGACAUCUUUGAGCGCGGCAUCGACCCGGAUGUUGAUGACCCAAGCCAGAUCCACCCUCACUCCGAGGUCCCAACCAAUCCCGAGGACUGGCCCUCGCUUGACGAGAUCCUCACCUUCCGCAACAAUGUCCGCCAGCGCCUCCGUACCCUCUACGAUGAGGCGGAGAAGCGCCCCCUCACCCGCCGUGAGGCCCGCAGCAUCUUCAUGGCCUACGAGCACGAGGCGAUGCACGCCGAGACGCUCCUGUACAUGCUCCUGCAGUCGCCCCUCACGCUUCCUCCCGGCCCCGAGCCUGACUGGGAGGUUCUGUCUCGCCACUGGGCCGAGACCGCUGCCAAGGCGCAGAAGAACGGCGCCAAGACCAGCAUCGAUGUGCCCGCCACUGAGGUGACGCUCGGCCACGAUGACCCCGAGUCCAAGGACUCGAAGCCCCUCGACCCCAACCAGGAGUUUGGCUGGGACUGCGAGCACCCGAAGCACGUCGAGCGCGUGGCCGCCUUCAAGGCUGACGCCCUCCCCAUCACCAACAAGGAGUACCUCUCCUACCUCGAGAAGACUGGUCGCCUUGCCGAUCUCACCGCGACCAAGGCGCCCGCCAGUUGGGUCCGCGACGGCGACAAGUGGGCCGUGCGCACCGUCUACGGCCCGGUCUCGAUGGAGUACGCGGGCGCGUGGCCCCUGAUGGCGAGCCGCGACGAGAUCGCGGCCUUUGCGGAGUGGAAGGGCGGCCGCCUGCCGACCGAGGCUGAGCUACGUGCCCUGUGGGAGACGCCCGAGGGACCGCGCCCGACGGGCCUGAGGGCGAACACGGGCUUCAAGAACUGGCACCCGGUGCCGCCCACGCUCACGACGAACGAGCACGAAAAGUGCCACGGCCACAACGGCGGCGUGUGGGAGUGGACCUCGACGCCCUUCAUGCCCUUUGAGGGCUAUGAGCAGAGCACGCUGUACCCUGGCUACUCGAGCGACUUCUUCGACGGCAAGCACUACACCGUCCUCGGCGGCAGCUGGGCGAGCGCGCCCUGCAUCGCCGACCGCAAAUCGUUCCGUAACUGGUACCAGGGCAACUACCGCUAUGCCUGGGUCGGCGGCCGUGUUGUCUACGACAACUAG